CACUUUGAGAGCGUAGGUUUCGUUGAGCACGGAGCGAACUUGUUUAUUUGACAAAAGUUGAACGUUAAAUGAGGAAACUGCUCGAACAAGAGCUCUUUUUAUGCGCUUGCCAACCCUUGUUUUCUCUCAUCUUAAGAGCAAGAGGGAAUGCGUGGAUGAAAAAGUAGAAAUAGGGACGUUGAGCUCGAAAACGCUCAUUCGUGAUCGUCAAUUUGAAGUGUGAACAUCGUGAACGUACAAUCCUGUGCUCAUCAUGACUGGAAGAGGAAAGGGAGGAAAAGGUCUGGGUAAAGGAGGAGCCAAGCGUCACCGAAAAGUGCUGCGGGAUAACAUCCAGGGCAUUACCAAGCCCGCCAUCCGCCGUUUGGCUCGGCGUGGAGGAGUGAAACGUAUCUCCGGUCUCAUCUACGAGGAAACCCGUGGCGUCCUGAAAGUAUUUCUGGAGAAUGUGAUUCGUGAUGCGGUCACUUACACUGAACACGCCAAGCGUAAGACCGUCACCGCUAUGGAUGUGGUGUAUGCUCUGAAGCGUCAGGGCCGCACUCUGUACGGUUUUGGAGGUUAAAUUUAUCUCUAUAAAACUUCCAUGUGGAGUCUCAAAUCAAACGGUCCUUUUCAGGACCACAAUACAUUACUCAAGAGCUGUGUCUUUCGCAACAUUAAAAUGUUUUAUUUGAGAGAAAAAAUGUCUAUGAUGGCUUCGAAUGGUGUGCGUAUAACAUUUUACUAGCAUAACAAGCACUCACACUGCUGUAUAUUCAGUGCAUUUACAUGAGAUGGCGUUUGUGAGUGUGAUUUUUUAUCUUAUACGUAUGCGUUUGAAGCGUUCGCAAAAGCAACGAUAGAAGCGUUGGUUAAAAUGAAUCAUUUUUCUCUCUUGCAUUUUUUUUAUCUAAAUUUUCUUAUAAAAAUAUUUUUUUUAGAGAAACCUCUCAUCCUUUUGAAGCAAUAAUCGCCGCGUGGAUCAUACCGUUUUUUGCAUCAGCUCUAAUCUGACUUAUACAUGCGCAUCGUUCAUGUAUACUUGGGAUAACUCAUCAAAAGAAGGAAAUCGGAUGAAAAAAACUACACCGUUUACAUAAAGUUUAUGAAUUUAUUAUAACAGCCAACAGCGUCAAUGUUGCCUUUGAAUCCGUAAAUCACUCAAUGCUUAUUUCAAAACUAUCAAGCUAUGGAGUAAAUGGGGCGCUAGUUCAUUGGCUCUCCUGUUAUUGAAGUGAUAGGCAUAUUACAGUGAAUAUUUCCUUCUCUCUAUCUGCACCAUUCACCAACACGUCCGGGGAUCCACGUUUCUCGGCCCUAUGCUAUUUAAAAAUGUAUAAAUGACGUUAUUUACGUUAUACCAGAUUGCGAAAAAUUGUUUUAUGCAGAUGAUAUGAAAAUGUUCCUACCAGUAUCAGAUCAAACCGACUGCUUAACUCUUCAAAACUGUUUAAUUCGAUUUAACUCAUACCCACCAAAUACUUUCUGCAAGAUUUGCUAUCAGGGUGCUAUGAACAUGAAUAAAUUAACUCCACCUCCAAAAUCUAUGCUGUUAACUGAAUGCUAUAUAUUUUCUUGGGAUACUGACUUCAUUUGGUAUACUGACUUAGCGAUGCUCCGCUAGCGAUGCUUACAUUUUGGUUUGUACAUUUGGUAAUUGUUCCCCAGCUUCCGUUAUCAUUAAAAUGUUUCCCAGUUACUAUCCAGGACAAACACCCUGGGACCUCAUAGAUCGCAUAAUGAAUUAUUUGGGAAAAGUAACGCUCAGCCCUCUACAUUACGCUAGCGUUACGAGUAACGUCUGUCUAGCGCAAACCCAAGCAGCAUUUUUGAACGCCUGGUUUAAUCGUCGUGGAUAAGCAAAUUGAGGUAAAAGUAAGGCUCAGCCCUCUACGUUACGCUAGCGUUACGCGUAACGCCUGUUUACCACAAACCCAAGCAACAUUUUUGAACACCUGUUUUAAUCGCCGUGGAUGAGCAAAUUAAUAGAUUAUCUUAAUAUCGUUUUUUUACAUGAUAAUUAGAAAAGCAACAAUUUUUGAACAAACAUAAAAAAGAACAGUAAUUGCAAAGAUAGCACUCAUUGAUAAUUCAUGAGUAUAAAUAAAUUAUAUUAUUACUAUUAGGCUAUCAUUUUUAACAGCAAUCAGAGCUGUAACAACUUCACGUAUUAUAAUUAUAACAAUUGUUAGAAACUGCCGGUCUAACUAAAAUAGAAAACAAAGUAAACUCUUUAGGCUAGCACUUAAGGUGUGCCAAAAAAUUAGUUUUUUCCUUUAUUUCCUUCGUAUCUUCGUUCGUAUGUAUUUUUGACCGCAAUGAACCAGUUUCCGCGAUUUGCUCCCUUUUUAUCUGCUUGCGCACAUACAAAACAUCGCCUCAGCUGACAGUCCGUUGGAAACCUUACAACAGUUUCCAAAAUUGUCCCCCCGAGUGUGAUACAGUUAGCUCUCUUUCUAACAAGUGAUCUAGAUCACGUUAACUGUCUCUCACUCCUAGCUCGACUGUCAGUUGAUGUUUGUUUAUCUUCCGCUGGUUAAUCGUGCUUUUCUAUCUAAGCCACUUUGUUAAACAAAGGGGUGGCUUGCAACUUGAUUUGGCUCCUGUCGUCCUUACUAUUGUUUCUACGCAAAAUAACCCGGCCGCAUAUUACACGUGCGUAUUGUUUCGUCUCGCACGUAUCUGUAUAACCGAUAGCACUCGCAUCCUAAAGUUCACGCUGUGUAUCUUGAUACUAUUGCUAUACGGGAUACCGUGCGCUGCCUACCUCACACCUCCCUUCCUCACACGCGGUCUACGCACGGAUGCUCGCGCAGCUUUUUAUCGACUGAACCCAGCACUAGUUUGGUCCAUGGAAUGCUCCGGUGAUUUGAUAUAAGUAUCCCAUCGAUCGUUUAUUGUCCAUUACAACUGAAAUUAAAAAGAGUGUUUGUUUCAGCCGUACGUACCACCACACCACUGUUGUUGUCCCAUGAAACUGCCGCCGGAAAAGUAUAACACCAAGAACCAUCACGAAAGGGACAAUCCCUUUGGAUUGCGUGAUAGAAUUGUCCUUCGCUGUCGAACGUGGGACACAGUUCGAUCCCCCGCCCGAAGUAGUCUCCUCUUUCAAACGUCGCUUCCAUAAUCGCAGCUUCUCAUGACGCGGUUUCAAUCUUAGCCGUUGUAUGUCUUUAUCGAGCGAGCUUGCUAAGCAGGGUUCAGAGUGGACACCUGACUCCGAUGGUUUUUCAGCUUCAGGUUUCACGAUCAGCUUUUGCCUUUCAAUAGCGGUCCCAACGCCAAUUGGAACAUCUUUCAACCCAUCAGGACGCAGCCAGAGUCGGUGAUGAGCUUCGAUAAACGUAUCCUCCAAAGCAGUGUUCGUGUGCGUUAUCGCGUUGUUGGUGUUAGUGAACGAUUCAGAUUUGUGUAUAUUGUGUAUCGUCGCGCGAUAGUGACGUUUCUCGGAGAUUGUGUGUGUAGUUGUGAUGUCAUCGCUGUGCUUCCAUUUUGCGUCAUCAUCGCGGUCGAGGUCAAUACACGGUGGGAUUGCGGGUUGACCCCAAGAAGUGUCUCCGGGCCUUUCAUCAUCAUACCUCUCAACGAAUUGCGAAUUGUGCAUAUGCUCGUAUCCCGGUUGAUUAAAACUUGGUGCGCCCGAACGAUUUGUUGCCCGGCACCGUUCUUCAUCCUUUUGGAGCUCAAGCCUCUCACAAUCGUUGAGAUAACACCAUUCACGCUCUAGUUCUUUGAUUCGUUGUCGUCUUUGUUGUUGCAUUUCGUGGAUCUUGCGCUUUUUCUCAGCCUCUUGCAAACGCAGCGUUUCCGCUUGCGAAAAUCGAAGCAUAAAUUCCCGAUAGUAGCGAUUUAGUAUGUCUCGUUGCCAAAAGGUCUCACCUUCGUUGCCAGUAGUUACUAUUGCAGCCCUGGAUCUAUAGUUCGAAUCAGUCGCGAAAUGGUCCCGCACCUGCAUUAUUGGUAUUGCAUCACGGCUUGUGAUCCACCUGCUCGUGCCCGCCUCAAGCGAAGAUCCCUCCACACCUCCACGCGUUAUAAACGAGCCGUAAGACUCCCGUUCAAAUCCGUGGAAAUGCUGCACCAAAUCGAUAUUCUGCUUCACUACACAACCUCGUGAUUCCUUUCCUUCCUAGCAACUCUCUAUUUAACACUAUCGGCAGUUAAUGAUUCACGGUAUUUUUACGAUUCGCGAUUUUGUCGUGAUUAGCGUCGAUAUGUUCUAACUAAUUUUUUGGAAUGUUAGAAACUGCCGCUCUAACUAAAAUAGAAAACAAAGUAAAUUCUUUAGGCUAGCACUUAAGGUGCGCCAAAAAAAUAGUUUUUUCCUUUAUUUCCUUCGUAUCUUCGUUCGUAUGUAUUUUUGACCGCAAUGAACCAGUUUCCGCGAUUUUUCUCCCUUUUUAUCUGCUUGCGCACAUACAAAACAUCGCCUCAGCUGACAGUCCGUUGGAAACCUUACAACAGUUUCCAACAACAAUCUUACACAUAAAAAAUGGUUACUUUUAAAAAUGAUUAUUUAUUUAUUUUCCCAACUAUUGAUAAAGCAGGAUAAUGAAAUACAUACAAAUAUUUACUACCUUCAUUAACCUCAAUUUAAAAAAGAGCCCUCGCACCUACAGUAAAGUUUAUUCACAAUAGGCGGAAACAUAGAUUGAAUAGGUAAUAAUUAUAUUUCAUGUAGGAUGGGUGACGAAUGAACCACCCUGUGGUUCGUGAUGACAGCUCGGAUGAGAGCAGCGUGACUCGAUUAACCGGGGAAACGGUGAACGGACAGCGGAUGCGGACAGUCGCACACGGAGAUUGAAGUGAAACACACGUGAAGAACUAAGACGAUUUUGUUAAUUUGAAUUGAAUAAAGCACUCUUUUCUCUUUUAUCCUA